AUGGCCGACUCGGCGUACAUUCGCGAUACCUACGCUCACUUCACGCGCACAGGCGUGCCCCAUGAUGGGAUAGCGGAGGGUGUAGAGCAUACGCGGUACAAGCAGGACGUGCCGCCCUGGGAAUGUGUGGACCCGCCUACCUCACCGCCGCCGGCGCUGCAUGUCGACCGGUACGGAUUCUUUGACACGCCGAAACAGCCGUCCUGCAUCGUGCUGGCCCGACAUGUGUACGUACACAGACGUAUGCUACAACGUACGCGGCAAGCACGCACGCCCAAGUCUCACGUGCGUGAGCCAUCGGCGGACCAUGUCAAGACGAUGCUCGAUCACAGGGCAUCGUCAGAUCAGAGGCGCGCAUCGCGGCGUACGCGCAAGUGGCACGGCAUGCUGAACGCAAGCGAGCGGUGCAUCGAAGCGGGCGUGUCCAAUACCCUUCUCCAAAGGCGCGUAUUCAAAGGCAUCCCCGACGACAUGCGCGGCUUGGCAUGGUACGCCCUUUCGGCCCAGCACAGCAGCCACGACCCACGCCUCCUAUCUCUGACUGACUAUCUCCAGCAUGCGUCAACGUCCGACGUACAGAUUGAUCUGGACAUCCCACGCACUGUGCGUGGUCACAAAGCAUUCCAUACGCGGUAUGGACGCGGUCAAUGCGACUUGUUUGGUGUGCUGCAUGCCAUGAGUCUUAUGUGCGCCGAGUGUGGCUACUGCCAGGGCAUGGGCCCCCUCGCCGCCAUGCUGCUGAUGCACAUGCCGGCAUCGGAUGCGCUGCGUGUCAUGCAGCGCAUGCACGACGUGUACGGCUUUCACGAGCUCUUUCGACCUGGCUUCCCAGGCCUCCGAGCCGAGUUCUAUGUGCUGUCCCAACUUCUGGACGCACUCGUCCCACGUAUGGCCCAGGCCCUAGCGCAAGCAGGACUUGCACCUAGCGCUUACGCCACACGCUGGCUCCUAACCGUGUUCCACGAUGCACUGCCCCACGCGACCCAACUGCGCGUCUGGGAUAUCUUUAUGGCAUGUGGCCGAGACGCGUUGCUCGUCGUGGCCGUCGGCCUCCUUCGUGCCCUGGACAUGGAGCGAUAUGCCAGCCGCACAAACGACAUGCUCGAAUGCCUGUGGUCCCCUUUCUUGCCCGAAGACGACGACGCGCUCCUGGCAUGGGUACAACACACCCUGCACAGGCGCCGCGUCCAAACCUGUAUACAGCAGUCACGCGCCGAGUGGAGCCGUCUUGUGGAGCAAGGCCUCGACGGCUCGGCCUUUGUGUAA